UUGUCGUUUACCAUUGUCGUUUCAUUGACGGUCCCUUAACAUUUUAUAAUCCAAUGCAACAUCAUCGUCGACUAUGAAAGCUACUUCGAAACGUAUCGGUUUCUAUAACAGCAGCAAAAACUGCAGAAAGCCUUCACGAAGCGAUUUUCCGAUGCAUGAGAGUGCUUACGCUUCCUAUCUUGAUCUGAUGUGGAACCAUGGUGCCGACAAUGCCCCCCGAUGCUCACAAAAUAUCCCUCAAAAUUAUAGAAGCUAUCAGACAACAUCCAGUAUUGUACAUAUCUGAUGUUAAAGGAACUGCGAUCAAACUCCAGGAAUUUCGACAAAAAGUCUGGAAGAGAAUUUCUGACGAAUUGGGAUUGGAUCCUGCAUGGGUCAGACUCAGGUGGAAGAACCUCAGGGACACGUACUGUCGAAUACUAAAAUAUAAAAAUCGAACGAACAAGGGAACAAGAAGAAAGAAGUGGGUGUUCGAGGAUCACCUUAGUUUUCUCAAAUUUCCAUACGAACCUGAUUACCAGCCCCAGUGUGUCGAGCUCUCGGACCAGUACAUAGAGGCAAUAAACGCAAGUGGAAUGAGCACUGAAAACCUGCUGGAGCAGUUAGAAGACCGUAACGACGAGGACUACAGUGAAUACCUGGAGGUCCUCGAGGAAACAACGGCAGACCCGAUUCUCCAGGACGACAGCCAAGUCGUGGAGAUCCUAGACGUUAACGAGGAAGAUUUGAAUGCAGAAAUGUUAGAAAAAGACAGUGCAACUCUUCAAGUAGAAACUUACGCACGAGAGAUUGAGAACAAUUACAUCAGGAUACGUCCGAAGAAGAUGAAAUACGAUCACGAUGUGUAUUCAGGUCCUUCCAACGUAUCCCCCACUGAUGGAACAAAAAUAGAUUCAAAUAUCAGUACAAUUGUCAUCACGACAGGUGAAUUGCGACCCCCAGAUGAUGUAGAAACGACUGAAAAUGAUCAUAAUGAUGAGGCCAAUGAUCACGACAUCAGUUUGGACCAUUCGAGCAUUCAAAGUAAAGAAUGUUACGCCGAGGAAGUACCAAAGACCAGCAUAGAAUUAUUCUUUGACAGCAUGGCGCAGACAGUGAGACUACUUCCUCCAAUAGCUCAAGCAGAAAUCAAGAUGUCGGUGUGCAGAAUAGUGACAGAAGCUGAAGUGAAAUAUUCAAACAAAAAAAAUGCUCACAAAGUUCAAAAAUUCAUAGCCCCCCCUGGAAUGAUUCCCAAAUUAGUCCUGAUACCUUGCAGUAUGAUCGACAAUCCUGGCAACAGCAAUUGAAUGGUCUCAGAUAUUUAUUUGUCAAUGUACAAUUUUUUUUUUGACAAUACAAAAAUAAUCGCCCCUUCAAUCAUGGGUAUUUUUUAUGAUACAUUGCACUGGGGAUACUUAUAUCAACAGUUGAUAAUGAUCGUUAAUCGUAAAUAAAGGACAUGUACUAAUUUAUUAAUUCGCUGGCGGUUUUGCAGCUCAUUCGAGGCCCGGGUUCGGCCCUUAUGUUUAGAAUGUGAUCAUGAUCGAUUAUUUUGGUUAAUUUUUAAGUAAAAAUUUAACUCGAUUAGCCGUCACGCAGAAACACUUCACAAUUAUGAAUUUGUUUAGAAAAAAAAUACGUUGAAUGGGUGUUUUUGUAAAUAUGAAUGAAUCCAUUAUUAUUAUUAUAUGAAGAAGGGAUUUUACAUUUGUUUCGAUUGUUGUUUCGAUGAUUUUUCCUCAAGUAUAACUGGAAGACAUGAUUACAGCGCUGAAAAUCGAUCUCGUUAUCAAAUAAAAAUAUGGAAAGAAGGAGUAAUGAUACUAUUUAAAGGAUUGUUUAUCAUGGCACCUUCUCGUAAUUUCAAAUCUAUUAUUACAAGUUAAUGCUGACUUGUAUAAAGGACUAAUCUUGUUGAAAUUAGAGCUGUUGCAUUUCUUGUAUGAAUCGGUUUCCACUUUUUCCAUUAAAUUAGGAGUAACUUUCAAUUGCUGAUUAGAAUUUAAUUCUAAUUUAGGUGACGUCACAUUUAUGUGAAGAUUUUCAUUCCUUCGUAAUGAAAAUGAAGCCCCCAAUCAAGUAAAUGGAAGUAAUUCUGGAAGUAAAAACGGAUGUCGUCAUUUAAAUUAGAAUUGAAUGCCCAUAAACAAUUGAAAGGUUCUUCUACGUCAAUCGAAACAGUCAUGUGAUAAAAACAAUUAACAUGAUAAAAUAAUUCAUAUGAUAAAAACAUCAUUUCUGACUGCGAAAAGAGGAGACAUGAUCCAUCAUAUAAUAAUCACCAACAUGACAUGACGAUUAUGUGACGAUCUUCAACGAAUUGAAAUUUCUUAUCCAUUAAAAUGUUGAUUUUUCAUACAAUAUGUCAAUAUUUUAUAACAAACAAGGAUAAUAUCAUAAUUUCGUUUUCCUGUGAUUCUUUGAGACAGCAAUAAAAGAAUUUUUCUGGAAUAUUUUUAUUCCAUAAAAAGUUAUUCUUCCAGUUUUCGAUGAAAAUGGAACCCAAUAAUCGAUUUGGAUCACGUUCUAACGAUAGUGCAUCCGUCCGAAUUCGUGAAUUAUUUCGGAACUUUGUGAUAGUGAUUGUGAUCUACAAGUGGAAGAACUGUUAACUGUCCGAUUAUUAUUAAAUAUGGAAGACAAUAGACUAAUUGUAAAUCAAAGUGUUAACAGUCUGAAUGAACUUAUUGACAGAAUGAGAUAUUUCAGAUGUUACGAUAGUUUCGAUUCUUGUUAUUACUGCAAAACAGAUCUCGUAUUCGUGAUAAAGAUCUUAAUUACAACAAUGAUAAAAUGACAGUUAAAAAUAACAUUAAAAAUGUUAAAGCAAUAUAA